CGGAGCUCGUCACGUACUCCUCAUGAGACUCAAGAAGAGUUCAAUCCUCAAGGGUCAAGGCACGAAGAGGCAAUUUCAAAGUUUUAGGGUUUACUCUAAACAGAUCUCUUGCAUGAAGGCAGAACUUCAGCUGGCGCUCAUGACUUGUGCAGCUCGUCUCCUAGUAGUAGUAGCUAGAGCCGCCUAGAGCUGUUCAUGGUGCUUCUCCUUGAUAUCCCCCUUUCCCUUCAUCUGCUGAGAAGAGAAUGUCGUGAGCUGACUGGUCGAACACUCCUUGUUGGCCCCUUGGUUACUGUGCGGGUUUCUGCGUUAAAAUAGUGCGUAGCUGGUUCUGGGGGACCAGUUUUGAGGAGCAAGAUGGAGUUCAUAGACAUGAUCAAGCGCUCGGCAAUGAAGCUGGGGCGAGGUCUGAAGCAUGUGAAGACUUCCAAGGAUGGACACCACAGCGAGGAUGAGGAGAACAACAAGAAGAUUACCGUUGGGAUUUGUGUGCUGGAGAAGAAAGCUCUCUCACCACCAAUGACGCAGAUUUUGGAUCGGUUGAAAGCAUUUGGGGAGUUUGACAUCAGUAUGUUUGGCGAUGACACCAUCCUGAACCAGCCAAUCGAGAAGUGGCCUGUAGUGGAGUGCUUGAUUGCCUUCUACUCAAAAGGCUAUCCGCUCGACAAGGUCAUCAAGUAUGCCAAGCUGCGGAAGCCAUUCCUGGUCAAUGAGUUGGAGUCACAGUAUCUCCUGCACGAUCGCAGGAAGGUAUAUGCCAAACUGGAGGAGUAUGGAAUUGCUGUGCCGAACUACGUCGUUGUUAACCGGGACCAGCCCAAUGAGGACGUGGAGUCGUUUGUUGAGGACGAGGAUUGGAUCGAGCUGAAGGGCAAACGAGUACACAAGCCGUUUGUGGAGAAGCCUGUUGAUGGAGACGAUCACAGCGUCAUGAUCUACUAUCCUAGCACGGCUGGGGGCGGGAUGAAAGAGCUGUUUCGAAAGGUCGGCAACCGGGCCAGCGAGUUCCACCCCGAGAUUCGGCGGGUGCGGCGCGACGGGUCCUAUUUAUACGAGGAGUUCAUGCCGACAGGCGGUACGGACGUCAAAGUGUACACCGUCGGGCCGGAUUAUGCGCACGCAGAGGCGCGCAAGUCGCCAGUGGUCGAUGGAGUGGUGCAGCGGAGCAGCGACGGAAAGGAGGUUCGGUUCCCGGUGUUGCUGAGCCCUGAGGAGAAGAGCAUCGCCCACGACGUGUGCACCAUGUUCGGGCAGGCAGUCUGCGGCUUCGACCUCCUCCGCUCGAACGGCCGCUCUUACGUCUGUGACGUCAACGGCUGGAGCUUUGUCAAGAACUCGUACAAGUACUACGACGACACUGCGUGCGUCCUGCGCUGCAUGUUCAUCGCCGCCGCCGCGCCUUUCCAAGACAUCUCCCUCCCGCCCACCCUCCCGUGGAAGUCAAAAGGCAACGCGUCGCCCACGAUCGAGCGCCAUGGAAGCUACGGCCCGAGCACGUUCGGACGUACGGAGGAGCUGCGGUGCGUGAUUGCGGUGAUCCGGCACGGGGACCGGACGCCCAAGCAGAAAGUGAAGCUCAAGAUCCACAGCGAGCGGCUGCUGAACCUGAUGCUCAAGUACAACGGGGACCGGCCACGGGAGGAGGCCAAGCUGAAGAGCGCGGUGCAGCUGCAGGACCUGCUGGACGCGUGCCGGCAACUGAUUCCGCGCAUGCGCACCGGGCGCGAGAGUGACAGCGAGGCGGAGGACAUCGAGCACGCCGAGAAGCUGCGCCACGUCAAGGCGGUCCUGGAAGAGGGGGGCCACUUCUCGGGGAUCUACCGCAAGGUCCAGUUGAAGCCGCUGAAGUGGGCGACGGAGGUGAACGACAAGGGGGAGACGGUGGAGCGGGUCACGGAAGCGCUGCUGAUUUUGAAGUACGGGGGAGUGCUCACGCACGCGGGGCGGCAGCAGGCCGAAAGCCUGGGGAAGGACUUCCGAAACAACAUGUACCCGGGCGAGGGGACCGGACUGCUGCGGCUACACAGUACGUACCGUCACGACCUCAAGAUUUAUACGUCGGACGAGGGUCGCGUCCAAAUGUCCGCAGCUGCAUUCACCAAGGGGCUGCUGGACCUGGAGGGGCAGCUCACGCCAAUCCUGGUAAGUCUCGUAAGUCGCGACGCGGCAAUGCUGGACAUCGUAGAUCCCGGCGCGGACAAGGCGAUGGAGACGAGCAAGAAGUUUCUGUUCGAGGCGUACAGCAACAAUCGGGGGCCCGAGAAGCCGGAGGAACCGGCCUCGCCCUGGAUGGUCGACGGCGGGGGGAUCCCCGAGAACCCGUUGCGGCUGCUGCAGCGCCUGGUGCAACUGACCAAGCUCCUGACCGCCCAGAUAAAAGAGCUCUGCAAAGAAGAGGACUACGCAGCCGGUUCGACGAGCGGCAGCGAAGACGCAGCGUGUUACGUCAGCUUGGAGGCACGUGCCCUAGGGAAGGCCGAUCUGGACCAGGACCGAGUGGAAGCGGGGCUGCCGUGCGGGUCCGAAAAUUUCCUGCUCAUGUUCGCGCGCUGGAAGAAACUAGAGCGGGACAUGUACAACGAGCGCAAGAACAAGUACGACAUCAGCAAGAUCCCGGACAUCUACGACUGUGCCAAGUACGAUCUGCUGCACAACCCGCACCUAAACCUGGUUGGCCUGGACGAGAUUUUCUCGGUCGCCAAGGCGCUCGCGGACGGCGUCAUCCCCAACGAAUACGGCAUCAACCCCGUGCAUAAGCUCCGAAUUGGAUCCAAGAUCUGCCGGCGGCUGGUGGGCAAGAUUCUGAUCGACUUCUGGAACACGCGGGAGGAGACCCUGAGCGUCGCGAAGCUGACCAGCGAACCGAGCGGCCACUGGAAGCCCGCCAACAAGGCGCCCUGGCGCCCCGUCAGCAGCACCGCCAAACUCUCGUCUCUUGCAACCUCCGAGGCCUCUACCGCGCGCCUCGGGAACGCCGACACGUCAGCAAGCAUGGUCAGCCUCGCGCCCAGCGAGUCCAGCUCGGCGGCCGCCGGGGCGAGCCUCCCGGGCGCGCCGUCGCCCCUGGAAGUGGCCGGGGGGAUCCCCCUGGCCGCGCCGUCGCCCGUGAAAGCGCCCGGGAAAGCGCCGUUGCCGGUGGAAGUCCCCGGGGGGAUCCCCCCGGGCCAAGCGGAGGCUCCGGGAACCCCCCGGUCGAGUACGCCGAGCAUUAUGGUCGGGGAGAGCGCCUCAGGGCCGCCUACCGAGGCAGAAUUGGUGGCAAUGAACUUGGGGAGGUUGGAGGUGGGGGAUAACCGGCGGGUUAGCGAGAGGGUUAGCGACCGGGUUAGCGACCGGGUGGAGAAGCUGGACGACGAGCCGGACAGCCCGUCGGCAAAGAGCGAGGGGCGCGCAGAGGAGGCGUCGUACCGACUGAACCCCAAGUACGCCAACGUGAAGACCCCGCAGCGGCACGUGCGCACGCGGCUCUACUUCACGUCGGAGUCUCACAUCCACUCGCUGAUCAAUGUGCUGCGCUACUGCCACCUGGACGAGAAGCUGGCGGGGCAGGAGCCGCUCAUCUCAGAUGAGGCGCUGCAUAGGUUAUACGAGACGAAGGAGCUGGACUACUUGACGCACAUUGUGCUGCGGCUCUAUGAAAACACGGAGGUGCCGAUCAACGAUACGAAGCGGUUCCGAGUCGAUCUGCAGUACAGCAGCGGAGCCGCACUGAGCCCUCUGGAGGUGACCCCUCGGGGCCGCGACCAUGUUCUCCCGAUCCUUCCCCGGGAGCCCCUCCAAAACGUGGGCACUUAUCUGAGCCUCGAGCAGCUGGAGGUGAUGCUAAAGCCCUUCGCCAUGCCCGUUGAAGAGUUCCCGCCCCCAGCCGGGUAUCCGGCGGUCCAGCAUGACUCUGGCGACAGUCACCACAGGCAUCGCAACCAGCGGUCCAGUAAUACUGGGUACACGUUGCAAAAGAUAGCUGUUUGACGCAUGCACUGAAAACGAUUUGGUGAUGUUUUAUGGGUAGGCAACUGCCGUGAAUCUGAGAAGGUCGAUAGAACAUAUGCUUAGCUGUCUCGGCCAAGCUUUGUGGCCGGUUUAAAUAUUAACAUACUUCCUGAGAAAUUGCAAGGUAUACAACCUUUCAAGUUGCCCCACUGCCAAUAUGCAAUUAGUGCAGCAUAUAUGGCCUUGCAGCGUGUAGAAUAAUUAAGAAGGAUACAUAUCACGCAUGACAC